AUGCCUCACGAUACACGUGAAGUUGACGACGCCUCGAUUUUAGCCAAUAAGGAAACGACGAAGUCAUACUGGGAAUCCAAAUUACUUGAGGCGGCGGAGAACCAGAAAAACCUACUGAAUAAGCACAUCGCAGCGGAUUCUUUGACGCCGGUCAUAACUGCUUCAGUGGCUCAGUCUCCAGUUGCCAACAAGGACGCCAAGGCCGUCGAGAUGCGGUCAAACGGACUCGUCGAGGAUGUCAAGGAAUUGCGCGGAGGAGCCGUCGUGUCGCCACCGCCAGAGUUCAGGUUGAACGGAAAAGGCAGCAGUGACGACGUGGCAAAGCCUUUGCAGCAGUACGUGUACGGGGAAAACGGGCCCACGGAAGAUCCCGCCGUGCCUCGUCACGUGAACAUCAUCGAGCAGGAAAUCCGGGAGCAGCAGAUGCGAGAGGCUGUCCUGCGCCACGAAGGCACUCUCAGGCCUCCGCUGAGCUCAGUAGAAGAAGAAGAACAAGGCGUGUUGGUGGUCGCCGGAGAAGAUGACAGCGGCUGCGCGGAAUUCCAAGAAUUCGAUCCCACUGAGCCCGUUGUUGUGUCGAAACCCGUCAUAGCGUCUGCACCGGUCCAGUUGCGUCCGCCAUCGCCGGUCGUCGUCGUGGCGGCACAUGCUGCAGUACCAUCUGCGGUCGGGGAUGACGAUGGUCCCGAAGGCAUCGUUGCCGGUGGCACCCCAGGGACCGGAGACUUUUCGCCCGAGGAUUUGGCGCCUUCUUCGACGUAUUUCGACUCUCCGCAGUUUUCCACGGAGGCGAAGAUCGCUCUGGAGAUCCGGGAGCUGAAAGAGCGCGAAGAGGAGCUGCGUCGGAUGCGAACGCGGUUCAACAGCGCCUCUGCGUUGCACUCACAAGAUAAUCUCAUCAGCCUGCCUACUUCUUCAUCCACUGAUGAAGGGAAUUGUUCCGAAUACGGCAGCGGUGAAGACGCCAGCAACAAGGAAGUUGCAAGCAUCGAAGACGGCGGCUCGUCAAGUGGAGGCACGCAAGGAGUCUCCGUGAGACGAUCCGCACCAGUGGUCUGGAAAAGGGGCGAAAUCGCCGUUGUUCGUGAGGCUAUUAAUUUCGAUCUACGGAGUCCGAGGAAAGAGAAAUUCCUCUGGUUGCGAAUCGAAUCUUUUUUGGAAACUUUCCCUCGUUUCCGAAGGACACCCACCGAAGACGAACCGGAUUUCGGUCAGAGAAAUUUUCGAAAGCCAGAAUCAAUUGCGUCUUGCAGCAAUGCAAUAAGGCUUCUCUUCCUGGCAAUGACUUUGCGAAAUCACAGCGAAUCGAAGCCUGGUGGAAAUUGA